CCCCGGCCUCGGUGGCUCACGGGGCUUGGAGACGUCAGAUUUGCAUGGCAGCCUCCCGGAAGCGCUGAAGUGAGGGAGGCAAAACAGUAGAGGCGGCCAGGCAGUUCGGGGCAACAUAAAUGGAACCAUCUUGUCUAUCUUCAUAGCAGCCCUGUGAGGAAGGGGCGUCUCUCUUGGUAGUUCUACCUCCCUCAGAGGCACUGCUGAGUCAAUGAAGAGCGAGGAAGGAGCUGAAUAGUGUUCGUGCUGUCAAAAGCUGGGGAACCCAGGAUUCCAAAGAAGGACUAACCAGGACAGGAAUAUGGCUCCCAAGAAGACUACAGAGCUGCUUCAUCUGCUUCGACAAGCAAUGAGAAACUCCAAAUAUGUUCCAGAGCCGAUCCAAGCCUACAUUGUACCCUCCGGAGAUGCGCAUCAGAGUGAGUACAGUGCGCCUUGUGAUUGCCGAAGACAGUUCAUCUGCGGGUUUGAUGGCUCAGCAGGAACUGCCAUAAUAACAGCACAAGAUGCUGCCAUGUGGACUGACGGACGCUACUUUCUCCAAGCUGCUGAGCAAAUGGACACCAACUGGACACUCAUGAUGAUGGGUCUGAAGAACACUCCCGCACAGGAGGACUGGCUUGUGAGUGUUCUCCCCGAGGGUUCCAAAGUUGGAGUAGAUCCUUUUAUCAUUCCAGCAGAUCAAUGGAAGAGGAUGUCCAAAGUCCUGAAUAGUGCUGGCCAUACUCUCGUGCCUGUCAAAGACAACCUAAUUGAUGUCAUAUGGACAGAUCGACCACCACGGCCUUGCAAACCCUUGAUGACUCUAGGCUUGAACUACACAGGGAUCAGCUGGAAGGACAAGAUCACAGCCCUGCGGGGGAAAAUGGCUGAGAGGAAGGCUCCGUGGUUUGUGGUGACCGCCUUGGAUGAAGUAGCUUGGCUCUUUAAUCUCAGAGGCUCGGAUGUUGAGUACAACCCGGUCUUUUUUGCUUACGCCAUCAUAGGAGCCAAUACAAUCAGGUUGUUCAUUGACGGCGAUCGGAUGUCCGACCCAGGCGUGAGAGAGCAUCUGUUGCUGGACUCUGCUCAGGACCCUGAGUUCAGCAUCCAAGUGCUGCCGUACGACUCCAUCCUGACCGUUCUGAAGUCCAUCUGCGACACCCUUUCUCCCCACGAGAAAGUUUGGCUCAGUGACAAAGCCAGCUAUGCCCUGACCCAGGCCAUCCCCAAGGAUCACCGCUACCUCACCCCCUACACUCCCAUAUGCAUUGCAAAAGCAGUGAAGAAUGCAGCGGAGUCAGAAGGCAUGAGGAGAGCUCACAUUAAGGAUGCUGUGGCCUUGUGUGAGUUAUUUAACUGGCUGGAGAAGGAGGUCCCCAAAGGGAAUAUUACUGAAAUAACAGCAGCAGAUAAAGCAGAGGAGUUCCGUAGCCAGCAAGAGAACUUUGUCGACUUGAGCUUUGCUACAAUUUCAAGUACAGGCCCAAACGGUGCUAUCAUUCACUACAAGCCUACACCUGAGACAAAUAGGACUUUAUCCAUGAAUGAAAUCUACCUCCUGGAUUCUGGGGCUCAGUACAGGGACGGGACCACAGAUGUGACAAGGACAAUGCAUUUUGGCACCCCAACAGCUUAUGAAAAGGAGUGUUUUACCUAUGUGCUGAAGGGUCACAUAGCUGUCAGCGCAGCCAUAUUCCCCAACGGGACCAAAGGUCACCUCCUGGACUCCUUUGCACGCUCUGCACUGUGGGACCAAGGCUUAGAUUACCUGCAUGGCACAGGACACGGAGUUGGGGCUUUCCUAAAUGUCCAUGAAGGUCCAUGUGGCAUUAGCUACAAAACCUUUGCAGAUGAACCUCUGGAAGCCGGGAUGAUUGUUUCUGAUGAGCCUGGUUAUUAUGAGGCUGACGCUUUUGGGAUCCGAAUAGAAAACGUUGUCCUAGUCGUUCCUGUUAAAACCAAGUAUAACUUCAGCAACAGAGGGAGUUUGACGUUUGAGCCUUUGACCCUGGUUCCCAUUCAAAUCAAAAUGAUAGACGUUGAUUUGCUAACUCCAAAGGAGUGCGACUGGGUGAACGAGUACCACAGAAAAUGCCGAGAGGUGGUCGGGGCAGAGCUUGAGCGGCAAGGACGGCAAGAAGCUUUCCGGUGGCUCAUUAGGGAAACGGAGCCCAUCUCCAAGAUGCUCUAACAGCAGCGCACAUUCUCUUUGUGGCGAGAAAGUCAUUCCCUUUUACAAUUGCAAGUGCAGUAUUGGUUCAGCUUUACAAUAAUAUACCAUGCCUGGGGAGGGAGAGUGAAGUGUGGGGGGGGGAAUGUGAAAACCCUUUCAUAUCGACCAGUAGAGAACUUGGUGCAGGGGGAGGGUGGGAGUGGGGUUUUUUUUGGGUGGGGAGGGGAUUUCUUUCCUUGUGAUUCUUUUAUUAUUAUUUUCUUGAUAAGGAGCAAAAAUAAAGUGGGAGUCUGUAUCUUACGGAGAAGAUGGGUCAGUGGCGAACCACACAAGGUCACUGAAAACUUGCUGAAUCCCUGGAUUCUAUUGUUUAUGGAACCGCCAAGCUUGUGCAGCUUGACCGAAAACUACCUGGGAAGUGUGCAACGUGAUGCAAGUUAAUUGUUGCAAUGUCCUGCCAAAGCACUGCAGAGAACAGGGCUAUGCAUCAGGUGGAGGUGUGUAGUAAAAUGGGUCUCCUGUAGGGGCCUGAGAACAGGUGUUCCCAAGGAACCUGUACUGAAAACUUCCUGCAUUUUGCACCUCUCAGAAAUGCAGCACAGAGCAAGUUCACAUCGUGUUAUUUCUUGGCUGCUGUGAAGUGCCCCCCCCCCACCAGCUCAAUCCUGUGCAUGUGUACUCUGAAGAAAGUUCCACUGUGCUCAGUGGGUCUUACUCCCAGGUAAAUGCACAAGGAUUUGCUGCCACAGAAGAGAAUGUCCAGAUAGUCCUGGCUUACCUUGAGCAAAAUUAUUUUUCAAUGGAUGCGGCUGUGUGUCAUUGAGCAAUAAGUGAUGGGAAAAGGUACCUUCUCCUGCAAACCAGCCCCAACUUGCAGUGUCUGUAAGUUGCUUCUUGUGAUGAAAAUUGUUUUGGACACCUGCGGUGUUUAAGCGUGCAGUAUAAUGCAAUGGGAGCCACUUGGGUCUUUGUUUCCCCCCCAGCACUCAGGGUGUGGGCUCCUGGGUGUGACCAUUAAGCAAACAUUUAGUGUUGAGGUUGGAGAAUGUUCAAAAACAGCCUUGUUUUGAGUGAACCUUUUACACGGCUAGGAACAUGUCUUUGCUCUACCCGCAAGCAAAAUCUGGAAGUGCCAAUAAACAUCAUAUACUUCUUUACUGCUGUGUCCAAUUUCACAGAUUUCUAAAAUCCCAAAUUUCUGCACUGGGAGCAGGCUGUGGACUCUUAGGCAUUUUUUUCUUAAUUUAAUGCAGUCUGAUUGAACAAUUUGAGAAGCUUUAGAGGCGGGAGUGAGGGUUUUAUUCUUCCUUAGGAUCAGAGAUCUGAAUGUGGGCUGUCCACUCUUUCACUCACGGAUUAGAGUGGACACGUCAAAGUUAGAUCUGUUUUGUUUAUUUGUUAACAUUGUUAACUCACCGUUCUCCAAAGAGCUCUGGGGGUUCUGUCAAGUCCACCCUUCAAACCAAAGAUAAACAGGGUAGCUCUUAAUAUUUCUGCAAAAAAAGUGUUUCAGUUGGGAAGUUGGUGCUGAAUUGCUCUUGCCUUGGGCAACUGAACAAAUAUUCAACAUCAAAACUCUACUCCAUUCCAGCAACCAGGAGUGCCAGGACAGAGCACACACGCGCGCGCGCACGCACACACACCUGCCCACAGGUAAAUAGGGGAAACAACUUGAUGCAAAAUAUAAUUUUUCCUUCCAUUUUAUCUUCCCAACAACACUUGAGAGGUUGGAUAGGCUGGGAAGACAGGUCCAAGGUCAUCCAACCAAAUAGGGCCAUUGCUGUAUGGGGAUUUGAACUCGGGCCUUCCUCAUCCUAGUUAGGCAUUUUAACCACUGUAUCACCUGGGGUCUCUUUGUACUCCAGACCAUGCACUUUCUAUUUUAUUGAGCCCAGUCUGAAUCUUAACAGGAGGACUUACUGCAUGGGCGCUAAAUAAUGAAAAGAUGCUCCUAAAAUAAGGGCAUUCCAGACAAACACUCUUCAAGCAAAUCUUUGUUAAGAUUCAGUGUCAUUAAUAAAAAAUGGAAGAGGCUCUCGCAGUCCUUAAGAAGUUAACAGCGA